AUGGCCAAGGAGAACGACAACAACAACAACAACAACAGCAACAACAACAGCAACAAGGGCCAUCCAACGGACAAUCAGCUCAAAACCAAGGCCUUCAUCAACAGCAGCAACAGCAACCUAAACAGCAACAACAACAACAACAACAACAGCCAUAUCCAUACAGUCAAUCUUCUUACCCACCUACAUCUGAUCAUACUCGUGGCGCGAGCCUUCCGAAUUUCCACAAUUACGUUUCUGGUCAAUCUGGCGAUAGUCCUAGUGCCACUCCAAAGAAUCUGA